AUGACCCCAUCUAUUAAAGAGCGGCUCCUGGCCAUUCUGGAGGAUCUUGGCUCUGAGGAGCUGAAUAAGUUUAAGUGGCAUCUAACUAUAGAUAAACUGCUGGAUGGCUUCCUUCACAUUCCAAAGUGCCAGCUGGAGAAAUCUGAAAGACAGGACACAGUGGAUCAGAUGGUGCAGAAAUACAGGGAAAAUGGGGCUGUGAUGAUCACACUGGAGGUCCUGAAGAGGAUGAGCCGUAACGAUCUCGCUGAGAAGCUAAAAAGAGACUGUCCAACAGGUCCUUCGGAUGAAGUUGUUGAGAAGUACCAACAAGAACUCAAACUGAAACUAAAAGAGAAGUUUCAGCAUGUAUUCAACGGGGUGGCAAAGCAGGGCGAUAAGCAACUUCUCAAUGAGAUCUACACAGAGCUCUACAUCACAGAGGGAGGAAGUGGAGGGGUCAAUAAUGAACAUGAGGUGAGACAGAUUGAGAUGACAUCCAAGAAUCCAGCAAGACCAGAGGCUAAAAUCAUCUGCAAUGACAUCUUCAAACAAUCAUCUGGAAAAGACAAACCUAUCAGAACUGUGCUGACAAAGGGAGUCGCUGGCAUUGGAAAAACAGUUGCUGUGCAGAAGUUCAUUCUGGAUUGGGCUGAAGGGAAAGCCAAUCAGGAUAUCCAAUUCAUAAUUUCACUCCCUUUUCGGGAGCUGAAUUUUCUGAGGGGGAAAAAAGCCAACCUCCGUGGACGUGCUGCUGACAAACCUCAUCAAUGGGAAUCUGCUUCCACCUGCUCUCCUCUGGAUAACCUCCAGACCUGCAGCAACCAACCACAUCCCUCCUGA